GUGCAACUUGAGGACAGGUGGUACUGCUCAUCUGUCCCAGCUCAAGGCCCAGCCAGUAGCCCUCCAGGCAGUGAUGGAUGCUCUGAAGGAAACCAUUAGGCAUGCCAUGCAGAAUCGACAAAAGGGCAAAAAGCGCCAACUAAUGGGCCUGCCGGCUGUCCCUCCACAAGGAGAGAAGUACAAUGCGGACAAACUCUUGUUGGAGGUGAAGGAGGCGUUUGGUCAUCAUGACUAUUCAAAGAAGGGCAUGGCUGGACAGGAUACCGCAAAUGCUGGUGGGGAGUUGGAGGUCAACCCCACAGAAGGAGAUGGUGUGCCCGAUAUGGGACCGGAGGUGGACGUGAUGACAGGAACUGUAGGAGAGGAACCGGCGGAUGAUUGGAUGGACGACACUCUUGCCCAGUUGCAUGAACCUAGCCGCCGGCGCCUGCUUCCAGAGCCGGCAUUCGCACGGAUACGAAAAGAGACGCGUCUACUGUCAGAGGAUGAGGAGGAGUAUGAGAGUGAGGGUAGUAGCCCGGAGUGCACCCAGCAAGAGGGUGAGGUUGACACAGGGGAGGGGGAGGAGAGUGAGUCCGAAUUGUCUGAGGAGGAAUUGGAUGAGAAGACGGUGGGUGGAAGUGGAAAGCAGCGGAGUGUGCAACAGCACCCUAAGCGCCCAAGUGGUAACAGGCCUGUGGUGAUGGAGCAGUCUGCCAGGGGACAGCCGGCAAAGAGGGUAAAGGCUUCUACCUCUGCUCCAGAGUUAGUGGAUACUGGCGCGUACGGCCUGUGUGUCGAAGGAGCUAAGACCCCCAGCAGGGGCAGAAGCAGGGGGCGAGGCAGCCAGGAGCAAGGGAAAGGGCUUGGAGCAAAGCCCCCCAGGGGCAGGGGCAGGGGCAGGGGCUAGCAUAGCUUGUGUAGCUAGUAUUGCCUUUAAGUUGUUGCAUUUAAGCUUGUGAGUUGGUGGCCUGGUUUAUGCUUAUGGGCGACAAUUGCAUGAAAUGCUGGGUGACAGGGGUGACAAUAAUGCGCGCAGGCUUGAGAGUGGGACUUCUGGGCCCAUAAUACAUUGAAAGGCCGAGUGAGAGGGGUGACAUUGCGUGAUGGCUGUUGUGGAUGGUGGGUGACAGGGGUGACAACAUUGCGCGCAGGCUUGUGUGGAUGCCAGGUGACAGAUCUGACAAAUUGGGUACACAUGUGUGAAUGCUGCGUGACAACAAAGCGUGCAGGCUUGUGUGAAUGCUGCUUGACAUUGGUGGCAUUGGUGACACAAACAUUGUUGUGAAUGCCGGGUGGUGACGCUGACGUUGAUGACACAAACAUUGUUGUGAAUGCCGGGUGACAGGGGUGACAGCCUUGUGCAGGAAGGUUUAUGCAGAUUACAGGUGACAGGUGUGAUGGCCUUGUGCAGUCAAGGAAUGCCAGGUGACACGGGUGACAGUGGUGUGCACACAUGGACAAGGAUAAAUUUAGGUAUUUUAGGUAUAUACCUAAAUCAUAUAUGAAUAUGCUUAAUGGCAUGGUGCCAAGAUGAUGUGGGAGGCAGUGAUAACAGUACUGUCCCAGGUGUGUAGGCAUGCAGGCAGGGUGCUAGGUAGGAUGAAUACCUGACCAUUAACCCACCUGACCAUUAAUCCAAUUAACCGACCGUUAACCC